AUGAGCGAACCGAAAAAUAUUGCCCAACUAAGAGCGUUCCUCGGCAUGGUGACAUACUACUCGGCUUUUGUACCCUCUAUGAAGGAUCUGGACGCACGGUUGAAGAAGGAUGCGGUGUGGAAAUGGUCUUCAGAAGAACAAGAAGCGUUCAAAAACUUAAAGGAAGUGUUAUCAAGUGACAUGAACCUGGCCCACUACGAUCCACGGCAGAAACUUGUUGUUGCAGCCGAUGCUAGUGACUACGGAAUCGGAUGUGUUAUUUCACAUCGCUACCCCGAUGGCUCAGAGAAACCAAUCGCACAUGCCUCUCGAUCAUGGCCAGAGGUCGAACCCAAGCUGGCACCGUUUUUCAAUAGAAAGGAAACACUGUCGAUUGUGGAAGAUUGUCUCUUGAUGGGAGAAAGAGUUAUAAUCCCGAAAGAACUGAGAGCCAGAGUGCUCAAGGAACUGCAUAUUGGUCACCCAGGAAUCGUGAGGAUGAAAAAGCUUGCUAGAAGCUAUGUGUACUGGCCAAACAUUGAUGACGAUUGCCAAAACAUGGUGCGUAACUGUUCGAAGUGUCAAGAAUAUGCGAAAAAUCCCAUAAAAGUGCCACUGGAGUCAUGGCCAACUCCUACUCGUGCCUGGCAAAGAAUACAUGUGGAUUUCGCUGGACCGAUUUGUAGCUGCUACUACAUGGUAAUUGUAGAUGCCUACAGUAAAUGGCCGGAGGUUAUCGAAAUGAAAAACAUUUCGGCAAAUCAGACU